GGUGCCAUUCUCUUUUUGGUUUUCUUUUCCAGCUCCACUGAGAACAAAAUGAGCAGUAGCAACCUGGCAGUUAUCUUUGUUCCGAACCUCUUGCAAUCAAAUGAAGCUGACAAGAUGUCGGCUCAUACAGAGAGAAAGCUUCGUUUGCAGGCGGCAGUUCUGCAGACACUUAUUGAUCAUGCAGAAGAAAUAGGGCAUGUACCAAAGUUCAUCCUGAAAAAGAUACCUACUAUGCUUGGCAUUGAUGAUCCUGUCUCCACUCCUUCGCGGCAAGAAUAUGAAGAAAGUGAAGGUGAAACUCCAGGUGAACCCACAAGGAGGAGGAGGAGGAGGAGGAGGAGCAUGGGAGAUAUUGUUAGUGGAGCUCUGAAUAAACUUAAAUCUAACAGAACCCCCUCCACUACACCACAGAGAGACAGGCAUGUCUUUUCAUCAGUGACUCCAGUGAUACUUACUCCAAAUUUUAAACGUAAAUAUCCAGCUGAUUCCUCUCAAGGUUUCUCUAACAAGAAAAGGCGAUCUAUCAGGCAUAACUUGGCUCUUGAAUUGCUACCAAGUAGCCUUUUUAGCGUUGGAUCAACACCUGGUUCAGCUCAUUUUGAAACAAGCCCUGGUGUAUCACCUCAGAGUUCUGUGUCUAUCUCAGUCAGUAGUGAAAAGCACCUGCCUAGUGUAGGAAGUCGAAGAAGCAAAAGAAUUGCCAGCAAAAAAGUACAUAGGGUUGAGUCUGGAAAAAUGGGUUGCUUUUCUCCUAAGGUUAGUCGGAAAGAAAUGGUGCGCAGGUCAUUGCGAUUAAAGUUCAUUUUGGGGAGGAGCAGCAAAGAGAAUACUGCAGUGGAGCAUCAGCCUAGCAACAGAUCUGAAAAUGUUGGUCGUCGACUUGCAAGUCAACAAAAUGUUGAAAGUGGGGAGAAUUAUGGAAAGACAGCUGCAUUUUUAAGCCCAUGUGUUGGCGAAUCUAUAACAAAAAAAGAUUCCAAAAACAUCAGCAAGUCAGAGGAAAACUUGCAAAUUGAAAACCAACAUAAUGAAACAACCUACCGAAUGUCCUGGACCGGCCCCAGCACUGCAGGAUCUGAGAAGACUAGCAAUAGGGCUGCUGCUUUAAUGGCAUGUCGUGAAGCAGAAACCUCUUUUUCUGAGCCUGUACUUACAGCUAGAAUACCACCUAUCAUUCCUGUUAAGUCUAGACCCACUGAUGCAAGUUCUGAACAGGAAAGCAAUAAACAAACUUCUUUUUGUGAGGAUGAAAAUAAUUUGACUGCAGACACUUUAUUGAAAAUUAAGAAAGCAUUUUCUGAAUCGGGAAGCAACCUUCAUAAUUUAUUUGAAACUGAGCCUUCAAAAUUAAAUUUAACACAAGGUACUGCAUGCUUUUCAGAACUCAAUCUAAAGGAAGAGCUCUCUAAAGACCAAGCUCAGAAAUUGACAAAUGUAGAACAGAAGGCUCCAUUUCUAGGUUCUGCGAAUAAAUCAAACAUCUCCAACAAACAUCUGCCAAAUAUGGAUCAAGUCAAAGCUGUAGACAGUUCCCUCUUCCCAAACAAUACAGAGACUAAUCGUCCAGUCCAUGAUCUUAGCAAAAGUGAGGGAUCAAUAAAAAAGGAGCACUUGGCCAUAAUGACAUCUCCAGGGAUGCAUUUAAAUAGCACAAACACCCUGAAAAAUGAGACAUUGGAAUCAGAUGAAAAAACUGAUGAAGAAUUUAGAUACUGUUACUCAGAAAUUAAAGAAUGUCUUGAAAAAGGGGAGCUUCUUUCUCAGUUGCCAGAAGAUGGCGACAGAAACAAUACAUGUUAUCUACACAUGGAAACCUCUGAGAAAUCUACAUUUUCCCCUCCAGGAAAGGUUGCUGACCAUAUACAUUGGUUCAACAAACUUUCAUUAAAUGAGCCAUGUUCUGCAACCAAAGCCAAAUCACCACUUAAGUUUCAACGUACGCCCGUCCGUCAGUCAGUACGGAGAAUGAACUCCCUCUUGGAGGCUAACAAGCCGUCAGUUGCUUGUAGAUUAAUAAAAGCUGGCGAUGACUGUCCUUCUCUUGUUAAAUCAGUGAGUUUUGAAACCGCAUUGCCGUCCUACGUGGAAAAUACCUCUAGUACGUCUACAGCUUCUCUGCUUUCUUCUGACUCAACCUGCAAGCAAGAGUCUACCUGCAAUCGGUAUUCUCUGCCUUCCAAAUCCUGCCCACAACUAAUACAUCCAUUGCAGCAAGCCAGCAGGCCUGGUACAAUCUGCAAAGAGACACUGACUACCAGUCAUCAAUCCAAGUCAGUCCUUGAGGACCUAACUAAUCACGAAGCACCAAAAACUGUUGUAAAAACGAACACAAAUAUAAAUAUUCUGGUUGCUACACCUGACAAAUGUGAUUUCAGGAGAAAAUUGUCAGAAAAGAAGGUUCGCUAUAGAGGGUCUCCAAAGAACCCAAUAGCCACAACCAAACUCCUUCCAGUUGUUAAACCUCUUGACUUAUAGGUUAAACAACCCAAUUCCUGGCAUGAUUCCUAUAGACUUCAGUGGUCUUUGUAUUUAGGAUUGUAGCCAAAGUGUUGUUUAUCUUAAACUAUCAAACUGCUUCUUUAUUUUU